CAGUGGGGAGCAGUUCGUGGCUAGGUUUUGGGCUGCAGUCUCGGUCUGAAGGCGGCCGGAGCGGCUGUCUCAAUUAAGAUGAGGCUCCUGCUGCUUCUGCUGGUGGCGGCGUCGGCGGUGGUCCGCAGCGAGGCCUCUGCCAACCUGGGCGGCGUGCCCAGCAAGAGAUUAAAGAUGCAGUACGCCACGGGGCCGCUGCUCAAGUUCCAGAUUUGUGUAUCCUGAGGGUACAGGCGGGUGUUUGAGGAGUACAUGCGGGUUAUAAGCCAGCGGUAUCCAGACAUCCGCAUCGAAGGGGAGAAUUAUCUCCCGCAACCAAUCUAUAGGCACAUAGCAUCUUUCCUGUCAGUCUUCAAACUAGUGUUAAUAGGCUUAAUAAUUGUUGGCAAAGAUCCUUUUGCUUUUUUCGGCAUGCAAGCUCCUAGCAUCUGGCAGUGGGGCCAAGAAAAUAAGGUUUAUGCAUGUAUGAUGGUUUUCUUCCUGAGCAACAUGAUUGAGAACCAGUGUAUGUCAACAGGUGCAUUUGAGAUAACUUUAAAUGAUGUGCCAGUGUGGUCUAAGCUGGAAUCUGGACAUCUUCCAUCCAUGCAACAACUUGUUCAAAUUCUUGACAAUGAAAUGAAACUCAAUGUGCAUAUGGAUUCAAUCCCACAUCAUCGAUCAUAGCCCUACCUAUCAGCACUGAAAACUCUUUUAUACUAAGGGAUUUUGCAAGAGCAGCGUGACUGACAUUAUGAAGGCCUGUACUGAAGACAGCAAGCUGUUAGUACAGACCAGAUGUUCCUUGGCAGGCUCGUUGUACCUCUUGGAAAACCUCAGUGCAAGGCAGUUUUCCGUGCUGUCAUAUGCUAAAUUCUGCACAUACAUGUAGUGCAGAGAUACUGUGUAGCUUCCCGAGCCCACUGGUCAUAGUUUCUUCUUCUUGACAUAGCAUUACUACUUGUAAUUCUUUUCUUGGUCAUGUUUGAGAAAGUACAGAAUUGAGUUACAACUUGAGUUUUUUCCAAUAUGUGUGUUAAGUCGGUUGUGUUUUUAUAUGCAUUUUCAUUUUUUUUUAAUAGUUAAACAUCAGUUUUCUUGGCAACACCUGAAGUUCCCAAAUAAUUAAGAGUUUCUCAGAUAGCUCUAAUUGGCCAUGUUUAAUACAUAGUUUUGAAAACACUGCAGAUUGUGAACAGUAAAUUAUACAGGAUUAUGGGAGGAAAUCCAAUAUCCAGAAUACUCUACUGUGUGUGUGUGUGUUACCUAGUAAGUAGUAAGUAUGGUGUGUGUGUGUGUGUGUGUGUGUGUGUGUGAGUGAGUGAGAGAGAGAGAGAGAGAGAGAGAGGAGAGGAGAGAGAGAAAGAGAGAGAGAGAGAGAGGUUAUCAAUAGCAAAACCAACUGCUUUAAAAAUCCUAUUGUUUAGUUCAAAUGUCUUGCCUUGACCAAUCUCAUGAAUUAAUUAAUGGGCCCUUUAUACUAAACUAAUUUAAACUGAGCAAAUGUUAAGUUAAAUGCUCAAUGUAUCUGUUAACAUUAUUUUUAACAACCAUCUGCCUAAUUUUUUUUGUUUUUGACUUACAGAUAGUCUCAUAAAGGACAUACUUUAGAUUCACACACAAGUUUACUGUUUUUAGAACAGUUGAAACUCACCUCACUAAAGAAAAAUUUAGUGAAACCUCUUUACAAAGUAUGUAUUAUGUAAACAGAGAUCAUUUGUCUAGUAAUUGAAUUAUCUUAACAUCAUAUAUCAGAAUCUUAUUGUAUUUGAAAGACAAAAUUAAAAAUAUUUUUAAUGUUUUCAUAUUGUUCCAGAGUUCUAAAAAGAAACUUAAGAGUUGAUAAAGACAAUAAGGAUGAUUUUGCAGAAAUAGAGCAUAAUUUUGAAUAGCAGUUACACAGCAGCUGUGGCAACAGAAAGGGAUUAAGUGGAAGAUGCAAGCAUAACCCUGGACUUGUGAGUGGAGUUACCCCGAGUGUAAGGGAAGGGAGGAGAUGCAGUGGGUGACUGAUGUUGAGAACAGCUCGACUACCGGAUGCACACUGCGUUCAGGCAAUGCCUCUUAAGCCUGAAGUGCUGUCUACUGUGAUCACCAGAUAACAGGAAGAUAGUCUAGUGACUAACAGAAGAAGACUGGUGGAAAGCUACCCUUUGACUAGGACUGUAGCACUGCUAGCCUAGGUUCUUUUGGUGAUAGACAUUGUAAUUUAAAUGGAAAGUUCCAUAUAUAUGUAUAUAUUGACUAGGUCUUAAAGCCUUGCUAAUAUGGUUGCCUACCAGUUCAGACUCCACAUCUUGCAAAGUUUCACUUCGGAGGGGCCUUUCUUCAAGUAACGGGCAUUCCAUUUAUCGCAGUUAGCUGUAUGGCACAUAGACAUCCAUAAUCUGAGCCGUGGGUGUUCAUGUGUACUUGACAGGUCAAACUAUGAAGAACCCAAUGUCCAGUCCACCUUUCUCCAUGUUUGCCUUAGGUUGAGUCUGUUCCCAAGUUAAUAGCUUGUAGUGGCUUAGACAUUCACACUCAUCUCUGUUUUAUUUUAUGUUUAGUCAUAUUUAAAUCCAGAAUUUAAUAGCCCACUAGGCAGAUAAAUGAGAUGCAUGAAUAUAAAAAUAUAUAAGGGAAAGGAGAUGGUAAACUAUUUAUAACUUUAUUAUAUUACUAACAUUUCAGAAUUUAUUAGUUGCUUAUAAAUUGUAUAGUUACAAAAUGUGCUCUAUUCGUCAGAAGAUCGUGAGGUAUCAACAGGCUGGCUAAUUUUACUGGACUUUUCAACACAGUUCCCAUUGUAGAAGGUUUUUCUCAUUAAUUAAUUAAAAAGUUGGUAAAACAUGGCUCUAAUCUCGGCGUGUCAGAUGUACAGAACACGAGCUUUCAGCAUGAGUGGCAUUGGCUGGGCACUCGCAUUGGUGAUAGUUGCUCAGCCUGAACAGCUGUGAAAUGGGUGAGAUCCAGUCACGGUUCAUUCUUACUUCAAAGGUUUAGUAGUUUGGAAUUUUGAUUGACUGGCAUAUUCUAUCAUUGUCAUAACUUAACUAAUUCAGUUAAAAAUUUUUUAAACAUAAUUUGAUAUUCUAGGGCUUUCCUUUUUUAAAAAAUGAGAAGCAAGUAAAGAAUUGUAAAGAUUUGGGACGUCUUUGUGGCAUUGUGAAAAUAAAUAAGCCAAUGUGAAAGGAA